UCAUUCCAUGGCGGAGUUUCACCCCGUUGUUCGUGUUUAUCUGAUGGCGUUGCUCAAUUAUAAUCACGAAUAUCGGGAUUAGGUGACAUGUUUCGGUUCUUACAGCGCUGUAGCGGCUGUGUACAACUUAAUACGCUGUCUUCCGCUUCUGGAGUGUUGAAUAAAAAGAGCUAAAUCCAGAAAGUACGAGAAUGAGUCUUCAUAAAAGCCUGUGUGCAGCAUGGCACUGAUUCUGUUUGCCUUUGUGGUUCGGGUCAGGGAUGGACUCCCUCUCUCUGCCUCCACGGACUUCCAGCACAAUAAAGAGCUUCAGGAGAGGAAGCAGCAGCUGAAAGUCAUUUCUAAGUCCUUGAAUUUGCUCCCUGAGAGAGGGAUCAUCAAGGGCCAUGAGCUCCAUAUAUACUUCCUCUCGUCGGAGGGCGUGGCCUACUUGACAGUGUGCGCAUGCAGCCUCCCUGUUGCUGUGGCCUUCUGCUUCCUGGAAGACCUCCGCUGGGAGUUCACCGCAAGCUUCGACAACUCAGCAGUCGCCCUGGCAACCCGGCCAUAUCCAUUCCUAGAGUUCGACAGCACCAUUCAAAAACUGAAGCAGCACUAUAACCAGAGUGGGGGACCUUCUCUUGGUGUGACGCUGGCUGAGGUGCAGGAGGAGCUGAGGCUCAGCCCUCCUCAGGUCCUCACCAUGGAGGAAGUUCAGCUCACUAAUGGAGUGGCUAAUGGGCACGUUGAUCAAGCAGCUGCCGCAGGUCAGAAUCAGAGACUAGAGCCGGUCUCAGCUCCUGGCAUCCUGUCGCUGAUCCUCAACAUCAUGUGUGCUGCCCUCAACCUUAUCAGGGGCGUCCACCUCAUUGAAUACACCUUUCAGGACGAUUAUGAAGGAAUAUGGAAUGUCGUGGCAUUUAUUACAGCCUUUGUGUGUUGUGUUUUCCAGUGUCACCUCUACUUAUUCCACUCCUCACUAAAGAAGCCCCUGUCCUUUACCCUCCUGACCCUCAUCUUUCUAUGCAACAUCUUCCUGUUUGGCCUGAGGAAUGUCUGGCAGCUGGCCUUCCACAUUUCUGUGGCCUGCCUCUCCACACUGCUCUCCCUCAACCGCAAGCUGCUGGACAGAGCUACGGACAUUGGAGUGUGAGUUAACCCUCAUGAAGCUUCUAGAGCUGCUUCUGAACAGUCAUGAGGUAGGACACGUGACUCUUAGAGUGUGUCUCAGCCUGGUUUAAAAUGAGCUAGGCUUAAUAAAGUGGGACUGGGAAAUGUACAGA